AUGGCUGCUAAUGGGUACCCACGGAGCCGGCGGCUGCUGGCCGACUGCUGCUGCUGGGGUGAUCAAGCAAGCCGGGUUCCUUUAAUCUUGCCAAAGAGUCUAGAGGAGAAUAAAGAAAAUGGACGGAUCCACCUUACCUCACCUGCAUCUUUCUUUAAGUGCUCCAAGUGUUCAAAACUGGACACUGUUCUCCAGCUGAACACCACACUCGCACUGAGCAGAGGAAGAAAACUUCAUAUCUUCCAUGACUUUUAUGCCUUUUCAGCUAUUCCCAGUUUUGUGGGUUUUGGAGUGCAGAUUUUCCUUGCUGAGUGUAGGGUUUUUCCUUAUGAACUUGCACAGUAUUUUGUUCUCAUCACCUUCUCCAAGAUAUCGGGCAUUGAUUUUAAAGUAAAGCCAGUAACGUUUAAUGAUACAAGAGUGAAACUUCAAAUAUGGGAUACUGCGGGCCAGGAACGAUUCCAUACACUUAGUACUAGCUAUUUUCGUGGCGCACAAGGCUUUGUUCUUGUAUAUGACAUCACAAAUCUGGACAGUUUUCAAAGUAUAACAAGUUGGAUGAAAGACAUACAUGAGAAAGCAGGUGAUGAAGUGGACGUAAUACUGUUGGGCAACAAGUGUGAUAAGGAGUCAGAACGUGUAGUUCCAAAACAGAAAGGAGAAAAGCUUGCUUGGGAACAUGGAAUACCCUUUUUUGAAACCAGUGCUAAAGAUAAUGUGAACAUUGAGUAUGCAUUCUCAGUCUUGACUAAGGAAAUACUGGAAAAGAAAACCUGUUUAUUAUAUGACUUAGAUGUUGUGGCUUUAAAUGAAAGUAAGAAGAGAACCUGCUGUGCAUUCUGAAAUACUGUUUCUCAUUCCAUUUUCUCUUGAGAAAAUAUUAACUAUUGCAAAGGAACAUACAAGAUUUUAAA